GUUUACAUACACAACAGCAUAAACACAGCAUAAAUCUUGAAUCGACCAAACAAACUGAAAAUAUCACUUUUAUGCCUCAUAUUCUUUUUGAAUGUUAAUUCCAACAGUAGAAUCAAUGUGAACAGCACGGAAAUGAAUAAAAUAUUUAAGCAUAUCGUGUGUAGAAAUGGAAUUUAUGCUAAUAAGAUUCAAAGAUUUAUAGUGGAUGAUGAGAGGAUUCAAUGGAAUAUCGAUUUUGACUAUAAGCCACCAUUCUAUGAGUCAGAAGGAUUAAUAGGAAAGCCUUGGGCUGAUUUGGCAAGUGAUGAUCCGAAUUUCAAGCCACAAUUUAAUGCAAUUGAUGGAAAUGUCAACAGAGUCAGUCACACUGGAGAUUAUAAAGUUGUCAAUAACUUGCCAUUAAAUCCUUUCGGUCGAACUGGAAUCACUGGAAGAGGCAUAUUGGGACGUUAUGGACCAAAUCAUGCAGCAGAUCCAAUAGUAUCAACUUGGAAACGUGAUCGGAACAAUGAAAUUGUUAAGCAUGAAGACGGAUAUCCAAUUUUAAGAGUUUUAUGCAUACAGCGAGGUGAUACAAAGGAAAUAGCAUUGCCCGGUGGAAUGGUUGAUCCUGGUGAACAAGUUUCAGUGACUUUAAAACGUGAAUUCAUCGAGGAAGCACUUAAUGGAAAGAUCCAAGAAUCGGAACUUGAUGAUUUCUUCAAUAAAGGCGAUGAAGUCUAUAAAGGAUAUGUUGAUGAUCCAAGGAACACUGAUAAUGCUUGGAUGGAAACAGUGGCUGUGAAUUUCCAUGACGAAGAUGGAACAUUUUUGAAUAAACUUAAGUUUGAGGCUGGAGAUGAUGCCAUUGGUAUACAUUGGAUUGAAGUGUCUAAAGAUGUUAAACUGUAUGCAAGUCAUGCAAAAUUGAUAAAAGCAACAGCAGCAUUGAGAAAAGCUCAUUUUUAAAUUUUGUUCAUGCAACGUGUUUUUAAAGUUUGAAUAAAAAUUAUGCAUUGCGCAUGGAAGUUGAAGCAACGGACUUAAAUUCAAAUAUUUCGC